AUUGCCCAGCCCACGCCGCAUAUUCCAGCGAUACUCGAUACAGCCAGUCGCCAAUUGCAAGCCCUGAAUCCUCAUAAAUCUACACUGGGGAAGAGAGAGAAAAACAAGCCGCCAAAAUGUCCAUGUUCUUCGGUCAAAAACCCCAAAUCUCUUCGGAGCAAAAGAUUGCGCAAGCAGAAGCCGAGAUUGACAUGGUCUCGGACAUGUACAGCCGCCUCGUCAAGUCGUGCACCGCCAAAUGCAUAGAUACCUCGUACCGCGAAGCCGAUCUCAACAAGGGCGAGUCCGUCUGCCUCGACCGCUGCGUGUCCAAGUUCUUCGAGGUCAAUGUCAAGGUUAGCGAGAAGAUGCAGGGAGAGGCGCAGGGAAAGCAGGGAGGAGGAAUGUUUGGCGGCAUGUAAAAUGUGAUGAUGAAUCGAGAAAGAGAGAGACUACUGGAAACGUAUGGGAUCUCGCGCAGUGGUAUAAGCUGCUGGUUGCUGAAUUUCAAGAGACGUUCGCGUGCGGAAAAGCAUAUGGCAACUGCCUAUAUUGCAGCUGUUUGAAGGCUUUGGAGGUGGGAGGUGAUCAACACACUCCGCUUUGGAUCCGGCGUGCCACAUACAUAUACUUUCAGUCACGAUCACCAUGCUCGGAAUCUGUACAAUACAAGCUUUAUGGUUUAGUUGGUUCACCUAUGUAAUCGGCGCAUUCCCGAU